UGUCUCGCGCCUGUUAAUUUCUGCUCACUCGGACCACCUCGUCGUCUGCUGUGAGAGCCCAUACACGCGCACACUUAAAGGCCUCUUCCCCCGUUUUUUUCCCUCUUCUUCCAAACAACCACAAACUACCAUGCGUGAAUGCAUCUCUAUCCAUGUCGGCCAGGCCGGCGUCCAGAUGGGGAACACCUGCUGGGAGCUCUACUGUCUGGAGCAUGGCAUCCAGCCGGACGGACAGAUGCCCGAGAAGAGUGAAAGAGGCAAUGACUCCUCCUUCACCACCUUCUUCAGUAACACCGGUUCAGGGAAAUAUGUCCCCAGAGCAGUCUUCGUUGACCUGGAGCCAACGGUCAUAGAUGAGGUGCGCACAGGAAUGUACCGCCAACUCUUUCACCCUGAGCAGCUGAUCUCAGGAAAAGAGGACGCAGCCAAUAACUACGCUCGUGGUCACUACACCAUCGGCAAAGAGCUGAUCGACUCCGUCCUGGACAGGAUCCGCAAACUGUCUGAGCAAUGCCGUGGUCUCCAAGGAUUCCUGGUCUUUCACUCUUUCGGUGGAGGCACUGGCUCCGGUUUCACAUCCUUGUUGAUGGAGAGACUCUCUGUUGACUUUGGCAAGAAGUCAAAACUCGAGUUUGCCAUCUACCCAGCACCACAGGUUUCGACUGCAGUUGUUGAACCUUACAACUCCAUCCUGACCACCCACACCACCCUGGAGCACUCCGACUGUGCCUUCAUGGUGGACAACGAGGCCAUCUACGACAUCUGCCGCAGAAACCUGGACAUCGGACGCCCAUCCUACACCAACCUCAACCGCCUAAUCAGCCAGAUUGUGUCUUCUAUCACGGCCUCGCUGCGUUUUGACGGAGCCCUGAACGUCGACCUGACAGAGUUUCAGACCAACUUGGUGCCCUACCCUCGUAUCCACUUCCCUCUUGCCACCUACGCCCCAGUCAUCUCCGCUGAGAAAGCCUACCACGAGCAGCUGUCUGUGGCUGACAUCACCAACUCCUGCUUUGAGCCGGCCAACCAGAUGGUGAAGUGCGACCCCCGUCACGGUAAAUACAUGGCCUGCUGUCUGCUGUACCGCGGCGAUGUGGUGCCCAAAGACGUGAACACCGCCAUCGCAGCCAUCAAGACCAAGCGCAGCAUCCAGUUCGUGGACUGGUGCCCCACUGGCUUCAAGGUCGGCAUCAACUAUCAGCCUCCGACUGUGGUUCCCGGUGGAGACCUGGCCCAGGUGCAGAGGGCCGUGUGCAUGCUGAGCAACACUACAGCCAUCGCUGAGGCUUGGGCCCGUCUGGACCACAAGUUUGACCUCAUGUACGCCAAGAGAGCCUUCGUCCACUGGUAUGUUGGAGAAGGCAUGGAAGAGGGCGAGUUCUCUGAGGCCAGAGAAGACAUGGCCGCUCUGGAGAAGGAUUACGAAGAGGUCGGCAUUGACUCAUUUGAAGAGGAGGAGGAUGAGGAAGGAGAAGAAUAUUAAACGGACUUUACUUGGUAAACAAAAUGUUUACUGAUUAUUGGCUGAUUAUUUAUCCUACCUACCUUAAGCUCAGAAGAUAUAUAUUUGUUGUGCCAUGAAAAUUAUUGCUUUUACAUUUUUUUUUUUGGGUGUAAAUUCAUUUGUUUUAUCAGAAAUCCAAAAAUGUUUUUGCACAUCUAACUUCCUUAGAUGCAAGUGCGUUGGAAGGUUGAAGAGUGUUUUUCAAAUAUGUUUUGGAGUGACCAAAACGAAUAAAUGGGGAUUUAUUUCUUCCCCCUCAAGCUUAAUCAGUGAACAUUCAUUGUUCAUAUGUUUUUCAUUUCUGCAAACCUGUAUUGUUGCACAAUAAAUCUCUCCCUCCACUUA